AAAACAACAACAAAAAAAACCCAAAAAAAAAGAAAAACAAAAAAAAAUGGAAGAGAGCAAGAAAAAGAAGAAACCAGAAGAGCAAGUUCAAGAGCCUGAAUCAGAUUUACCAGAAGCCUUACUAGAAUAUCACAUUGUGGCAAAAGAAGCAGCAAUUGCACGGGUUUUGUUUCAUCUGAAAGGAUUGGAAGAAAAGAUCAAAGAAAAUAUUAAAAAUAAUGUUGUUCUGCAGGAAGAACAGAAGGUGCUUAUCAGGCGCUUAGUAAGGCAAAUAGAAGAAAAGGAGAAAAAACGAGAUGAGAAGGAGGCUGUAACCAGGGAUGAUGUGGAAGAGUCACUGAAAGCAGUUUUUCAGUUUGUGAAGGACAAAGAACAACUUCUUCAAGAUGUGUGCUCCCAAAUUGAAGAAACUAAGAAAAAAAUUGCAGAAAAGCAGCAUGAGAGAGAUUAUUGGUUGGAGUACAAAAAUGUCGGAAGUAAAAUACAUGCUGAGAGGAUUAGCGUUCUGGAAAAAGACAUUGCAGAUGUCAAGUAUGAACUUGAAAGAACUGAAGAAUAUUAUAGGGAAGCUUUGAAAGUUGUGAGAGAAGAAAAUCAGAAACUGUUUGACAGGCACAUGAAAUUACUCAGUGAAGAAGCUCUUAAGAAUGCUGUGGGAUACUUAGACAAAAACUGUCGCAGAGAGAUUGAAGAGAAUGAGUGGCUAAAAGAAGAGGUUAAGAUCUACCGAAAGGAAGAAAGGGAUUUGAAAGCUUCUGUCCAGCUCCUGGAAGAAGAAAAUACCAGUUUAGUGGAAAAACUGAUUGAUAUCAAACUUCAGCAUCUAAGAGUAUCAGGGCAUUUGUUUCAUACAAAGGGAGCUGGCUUGCAAGAACUUCCAAAGGAUGAAAUGAAAAGGGAAAACAGAGAAUAUGCAGCAAAGGCAGAUGGAAAGAGCCUCAGAAGUGCCUUUCCAAAGAUUCAGACUAAAACAGAUUAUAAGAAGCCUCCAGCCAGUGAUGAAAAAUCAUGGAAAAAAUUCUUCACUCCAGCCCUGGACAGUUUGUUGUAUGAAGAUGAAGAGUUCCAGGCAUACUCAAAACUGGGACCUCUGAAGAGAAAACUGUAUGUGGUUGGAAAAGCUGUGCCUGCUUGUAAGGAACCAGAAGAAAUGCCAAGAAGGAGCCACAGAGAAGAGGACACUGUUGGUAAAUCUGAUGGGCAUAUCACAGCUAAGAUGAUCAAGGCCUUAUUUAAGCAAAAUGUUGAUGAAAACUAGACAAGCUAUGCUGUUUACACAGGAAAGUAAUAUUCACAGUUCAUUAAAUAUUUGCUCUCUUCUGUGUGACAUGAGGCUUUGAGGAAACUAUUUUAGAGUGCCUGAAUCAUGAUUAUAAGUUCCAUGAGAGGUAUGUCUGUGUGCAGAGGCUAAUUGAAAGGUUCCUUUCCUUACCGCUGAGGGAGGUCUUGUGCACAUCUUUGGGGUAUUCAGUCCAUGUAGCAGCACAUAUAUCUACUGAAAGGUCAGAGCUAAUAUUUCAUU